ACUGUUCAAUGGGAACAGUUGCUGCAGUACGUGUCGCUCUGCUCUCCGUUCAGCAACAUCUCGUGAAAAAUCAUGCAGAUUAGAUUUAAAAAAACAACAACUAAUAUCUCAAUUUUCGUUGUUUUCUGUGGUCCGGGGUUGGUCACAGUGAAGCAGUGGCGCAAACAUGGGGGAGUUUGCAGGUUUUUCAGCGGAGAGGGAGGAAACCAUUGUGCAACCUACAGUUUUGCACGUACAACACCCGCAGGGACAAACUCUGGUUCACAUAAGCUGAAAGAAUUACGCGCUGCACCAUCACCACAUGAACGACCGGAGACUUGCAACUGCGAAAAUCAUCUUAAAUAAUAUAUUCGUAAUUAAUAUUUUUUUAAAAAGGGGAACACUGUGUCCCUGUUUAUCACGCACGUUUAUCUCGAAUUUAAAGCGAGCGAUCAGCUGGGGCAACCUCGCUCUGUGGUGACGCACAGUAACACCUUGGAUUAUUGGUCCAGAGCGGCAGUGUGUCAGUGUGUGACGCAGCCGGAGCACCUAUCCGCGAGGGGGACACUCACGUCAGACGGCUCCAUCUCUUGCCUCACUGGUCUCUCCCAUCACGACCACUUCGGUUCUGCAGUGCAGGGGCUGCAGCGAUUUAUGGAAGAGGAGUGCGUGCGUCCUGUACCGGUCAUGCUGCCCCCAAAGAACUGCCUGCCGAGGAACUACAGCUGCAUCGCCGGUCUGUUCGGGAGCCUCGCUGCGGCGAACCCGCGGCUCGAGGAUGGAGAAGAUUAUGACAUGAUGAACGGCACCUGUGAGCCCAUCGAGAGCCCCGUGGUGGACGAGAGGCCACGGGGCAGAGAGGUCUUCCUGAAGCCCCAGAGUCCGAACCUGCGUCGGAGAUGCAAGUCACUGCCCACGCACACGGAGAGAGCAAAGUUGGAGAUCUCCCGCAGCAGAAGUCCAACCAGUCAAAAGAAAGUCCGGUUCGCGGACUCCCUGGGCCUAGAGCUGAUUUCAGUGAAGCAUUUCGAUGAUUCGGAUGUUCCCGAAGUGCCGGAGCGCAUACUGGCCAAACUACCCAAAGGACCUGUGCACCUUAAUCACCGGGACACCAAAUUCCCCCGGUCACCUGCGCAGUCGUUAUUCAUGGAGUUGCAGUUCACUAACCCGGGCACACUCCCCGGCUUCGAUCAGAGAGUGAGGGAGGUGAAAGUCCUGCUGGAGACCGUCGAAGCGGACGAGUUCAGCCUCUCCGGGAUCGUGCGCGUGUUGAAUAUGGCCUUCGAAAAGAGCGUGUUUUUGCGGUAUUCCAUAAACAACUGGAUAACAUUCAUGGACAGCUUGGCGUCCUACGUGCCCAACUCCAACGACGGCGUCACCGAUAAGUUUUCUUUCAAGAUCGUCAUGCCCACCUUCCUCGACAGCGGCGGCGCGCUGCAGUUCGCCAUUAAGUACUGUGUCGGCGGACAGGAGUUCUGGGACAAUAACAACGGGGACAAUUACAAAGUGCGGCGUCAGCCGCUCAAGAUGUCCCCACCACGUGAAUGGGAGAACGGAUGGAUUCACUUCAUCUGAGCUGCACGGCCACCAGCAGUGGGCACACUGCGUGCGUAAUUUUACGCGCACUUGAUCCCCGGGUACCUUAAUUAUGACUGUAGCCUGUUAAAAAAAAGAUUUUCUCCCCUGCCAUUGUCAGCUACAUACAUUUUGUAACGCCACAGUAUAACACAUGUUUUGUCGUGAUGUGGCGACUUUGCGACUGUGGCCGGUUUAGGAGUUGCCCAGAAGGGGGGCUCUGUACAGCUCGGUGCCCUUUGGGGAGGGCAUGUUCGUGUUAUGUAAAAACACGUGCCACGGAAAACGUGCCGGGCGAUGCCAGCUUCUGGCAUCACUGUUCAUUUCAGGAGAUGUUGUGUAUAUAGACGGGGUUUUUUUUGGCGGCAUGGUGACACGAGAGUCAUAGUUUUGCAUGUGUGGUGAUGAGGGGUGGGUGAUUUGGGACAGACGGACCACCAAAUUUCAUGGUAUCAUUUCCCACUGUCGUGUCUUUGGAAAAAAAACGCCUUAUUUUAAGCCAUGCUGUGUGGGAAAACUGCAUUAAAUUAUCCUUUAAUUAGGUUUAUAAAUAUUUAUUUUACCUUUUUAAACAUUUUAAAUAAAGGCCUCUAAUGACAGGUGAAAGACCUGCAGGCAUCCAAACCAGGGACACCAUAGUUUGUCACAAAUUUUCAUUUCAUCAUUCCACUGUCAACACCAGUUGUGUAUUGUUUUUUUUUUAUUAAUUUAACAUUGAUUCAAUAUUUCUUGCCUAACUUUAAAGUUAAUGUCCAAAGACUAUAAAUUUAAGAAAUAUCUAUAUUUUCCCUAAAUUAUAACUAUAUAUAAUGUA